UUAACGGACGUUGUAGAACAUAAUGUGUGUGACAUGAACGAUAUGAUUAGCGAAUUACCUGAGGACGUUCUUCUUUAUAUUCUUUCUUUGCUACCUACCAAAGAUGCUGUAAGAACUUCCAUAUUAGCAACUAAGUGGAGGAACUUGUGGACUUGCUUAUCUGCCUUUGAUUUUGAAAUUCUUGAUUGUAAAUCAUAUGAUCCGGAGUCAGCAAAUUGCCUCUUAGAUCUAGUUCAAAGACUACUUCAUAAAUCUAGUCGGAUAGAAAGGCUCUGCGUUCAAAUAUUUAGGACUACUAACAUUGAUGCAAACAAAAUUAGUUAUUUAAUGUAUUCUGCUUCGAAGCAUGAAAUCCAAUAUCUUAGACUUUCACUAGGUGAUCGAAGUGAUAAGCUUGUGUUACUUCAUAGUUUUUUUGGUUUUGAGUCAUUGAAUGAACUGUAUUUAGGACUCGAGUACACUUUAUAUAUUUCUAAUGGUAAUUUUUUCCCUAGCCUGAAGACAUUAGUAGUUUCAGAUGAGAAUUCAGUUCAACGACUUUUCUCUGGGUGCCCUGUCUUACUAGAGUUGACCUUGUAUAAUUGUUAUUGGGAGAACAUAAAGAAGAUUAGUGUUGCAAUUUCCACAUUAAAGAAGUUGAUAAUCUGUUUCAAUAUUUUUUGUGUAGAUUAUGAUCAUGAUAUGACAGUCAUGAUUGAUGCUGUGAAUCUCUUAUCUUUAAGAUGCACAUGCAAUCCAACUAUAGAGUUUAUCCCUGUUAACCUAACCUCCAUAGUUGAUGCGUGUAUUGAUCUUGGGUAUGACUAUCUAGACAAUGAACUAUAUGCUGCUCAUUGUGCAAUUAAGCUAUUGAGCGGAAUUAGUAAUGUCAAGUCUCUCAAACUAUCAAAUGAUACUCUUCAGUGUGAAUCAGGAAAUAAAUAA